UGAGAGAGACUUUUCUACACGUUAACAUUAUAUAUAUGAAAGUUCUCCUGGGUGUUUAGAAAACUUCUUAUGCAUGGUUGUCGACCCAUUUGCAGAAAAAUUAAGACUCAAGAUUCAUUUCCUUGAGCUUUGGCUUUCUCUUUAUGUACAUUUCAUUUGCAUUUUAAGAGAGAAGAGAAGUGGGAGGCUAAUUACACCAAGGCACUCUUAAAUCAGCAAUGUAUGCCCCAUUGUUGUCUUGUCCCUAAUAUCAUAACUCUCUUUCUCUUUGGGGUGCUGAAAUAUACACAUUGUGGUUAGUUACUUAGUUUUGGUUAUUCUGAAAUGGGUGUAAUGUACAAGACCAAAUCAUUUUUGUCAUUAACAGGCAGAGUUAUAAUCAAGGUUGUAAGCUUCAUUGUCUUCUCCUUAUUAGACCUUCUUGAUUUCCUUCUAUGUUUUGUUUACAAAGUGGCGGAUUUCUAUAUUGAAGCUGAAUGGAAGCCUUGUUACUGCUUCUCUGCCAAAGAAGCCAUCACUAGCAGUGGCAAAAUCUUUGUAUCUGAACAAGGCGAAUCAAAAAUCAUUCGCCUUACUUCAACCAAGUUACAUCUAGAGGAGAUUUCAGAUACUCUCUACACACGACCUUGCCUUGUUUCUGAUCUCUCUAAAUCAACUGUUAAUGAGCUCAAGAGGCUCAAGGUGGAUGGCACAAUCAUUCAAUCCUGUGAGAAGAUCAAGAUUGAAAUGCUUCAAGGAAAGAUCGGAGGGCAGCAAUUCCAUCCUAUUCCUAGAUGGUCUGAUUGUGAUUGUAAAUUUUGUACUUCUUGGACCUCGUGUGGCAGAGAUACUCUCUUUGUUAAAGCCGAAGGACUAAAAGAUCAUAAGGCAAGAGAAGAUGUGUUGUUUAUUCAUGGAUUCAUCUCAUCUUCAGCAUUUUGGACGGAAACAUUAUUCCCAAACUUCUCAAGUGCUGCAAAAUCAACCUAUAGAUUAUUUGCCAUUGAUCUUCUAGGAUUUGGAAGGAGUCCUAAGCCAACAGACUCCCUCUAUACACUUAGAGAGCAUUUGGACAUGAUUGAAAAGUCUGUGAUUGAACCCAAAAAUGUUAAAUCCUUCCACAUUGUAGCUCAUUCUUUAGGCUGUAUUUUAGCUCUUGCUUUGGCUGUAAAAUACCCUAAAUCUAUCAAGUCUCUUACUCUCCUUGCACCACCGUAUUUUCCAGUACCAAAGGGUGAAGAAGCCACGCAGUACGUGAUAAGAAGGGUAGCUCCAAGACGAGUUUGGCCAUUGAUAGCUUUUGGGGCAUCGAUGGCUUGCUGGUACGAGCACAUUUCUCGGACAAUCUGCUUACUCAUUUGCAAGAACCACCGCUUGUGGGAAUUCCUCACCAAACUUGUCACCAGAAACAGGAUGAGGACUUUCUUGCUUGAAGGCUUCUUUUGCCACACUCACAAUGCUGCAUGGCACACCUUGCACAACAUUAUUUGUGGAACGGCCAGCAAACUUGAUGGAUACCUAGAGGCCGUUCACCACCACCUGAAAUGUGACGUCCACAUCUUUCACGGCAAAGAUGAUGAACUUAUUCCAGUGGAAUGUAGCUACAAUGUUCAGUCAAAAGUCCCUCGUGCUAAGGUGAAGGUUGUUGAAAACAAAGAUCACAUUACGAUUGUUGUUGGAAGACAAAAGACUUUCGCAAGGGAACUUGAGGAGAUAUGGAAGGGAUCAAGCGACGAUGAUUCAGCUUCUUAUGAUAAUAUACAAAAUUACCAAUAAAUUAUUUUCAUAUAUUAAUAUGAAUUAGGAUGGUUAUACAUAAAAAGCUGCUAGCCUGAAAUGGUUUUCUAGCUAUUUAAUAUUUUAUUUCAAAUGUGAAGUCCCGGUUAGGCUUUGUCUUUGUCUUUGUAAGGUUAUUGCCCACUAUAAUUCAGGUGUGGAAUGGCUAGUUAUGAAAUUGUGAAUUUGAUAAAUCAAACAAUUUUCUUGGUCCAUCAUGAUCAUACAUGCAC